AAAAAAUAAGAAAUUUUUUUAAGAAUCGAAUAUACUCAAAUAUACUAUGGUAAAACAAGCUUCAUCAGCCCCUGCUGAAGAGCAUUUCCAAUCUGAUCCAAGUGAGCCGGACAGAAGCAGACAACGAGUAACAGAAAAGUGCCAGAGACAGGAGAUAUCAUCGACCAGUUCCACCGAACAGCAGCCCUUCAAAACCCAAAGUGAACAAGACCAGCAGCAGGAGGACCAUCUCUCAAGCCCGGAGGAGAAUAACAACAACAUUUAUCCAGUAGAGGAUUUGUUUGUUACGUUUUCUAAUGACAUGGAUAUAGAUUCUAUAAAAAACAUUUCCAAUUAUCAAAUAAAAUAUUGGUUUGAAAGUACCUCCUUAAAUGUCAAUACUGAUAAUACUCCCCUUACAGAAAGAUUUAUUCAGCAGUUUAUAGAGAAGAUUGAAGAAUUACCCAAAAACUGUGGCAAAAGUAAAUUAAAUUUUGCUGCUGUCCUAAAGAAAAAAAAGAAACAGUAUUUGAAUAUAAAAAAAAUAAAUAAUGCAGUUGGUGCACGUUGGCCCUCACAGUCUUUCAUAGACAAAUGUAACGAUAAGAUACAGAAAAAAGAAAACAUAAAACAAUACACAGUUGCGAUUGUGUUUAAAGACGAUGAUGCUCAGAUUUCUCCUUUGAUUGUGCCAGACAUUUUAACAGUGAAUAAUUGUGAUUGUAUCAUAAAAUAUAAAUUGCAUAGUGAGGAAAUCUUAAUCAGAGUUCUUCAUCAUUAUCUUCAGAACAAUGGAAACAAUGUUCAACAUGUUUUUAUCUACACGCAUUACAGCCCGUGUAAGCUGAGAAAAGAAGAAUGCAGAGAACCAUGUAUGUUGCUGCUGCAGAGAACAGCAGAUCAGUGGUACAAUGAAUAUGGAUUUGGUACUGAGGUGGUUUACGACGUGUCUUGGGUAGUUACUCCAAAAUAUUUUAAUGAUGUCAAUUAUUCCCACAUCUCUCACGAGGAAGUAAUUCCAUUUUUCAAAUCAAUUAUUGAAGACUCUGACAAUAUCCCCUUUGAAUUAUACACACAAUUUUUCAAUGAAUUAAAGCCUGAGAAGUUUGUUAACAAAGAUAUCCAAUCUGAGCUUCAAAAGCUGAAGGCACUGCCAACUUCAGUUAGGCUGAAAAACGAGCAUUUGGAGGAGGGAUAUAAAAUUAUUGCCAAUCUUGAAAACAUUCAAGAUCAAGACAAUAGGAUAAAAUGUGAUACUCUGAAAAAGAAGUUCGAAGACAUUGUUAACAAGAGUUCCAUAGUACCGAUAAGAGAAAUACUGUACAAAGACUUCAACACUACAGUGGAUUAUUUGAUUGCAAACGACCUUCAAGAGGAUGACAGCAGCCACCUCAAGCUUCAUCACAUCCUGGAUAGAAAUCCAGGACAUCCUGGAUAGAAUUCCAGGACAUCCUGGAGAGAAAUCCAGGAUGUGAACUGUUUUUGAUCACAAUGUUACAGCAUAAUGCAAAAUAUAUUUUGUUUUCACAUAUUUUUUUAAAAUAUCUUCUGAAGUUGGACCUUCGCUUUUUGCAGUGACACAAAAGUUUGGGGCUCUUUCAGAAUACGUUAAAAAAAAAACUUUUUUUGAAUUGAUAUAUAAACUCUGGGUAUGAAUUGCAAUGAUAGUACUGCUUACAGUUGAAACUGGAGUUUGUUCUGGAUCUUUGUUGUCUGCUCUGCCCUGAAAAUAAAAGCUUAAUAAUCUAGAA